AACUAUAAGUUAUCCACUUUUUUAGUGUUUUCUAUUAAUGUUUUUUUUCCUAUGUACUCAUUCCAUUAUUAUCUUUGGUGGUUUGUUUUUCAGUCGGGUGUCAAUAAUGUCACUCACGUCAAUUAUGACGUUUUUGUUUGUUUAUUUCUUCACUGACGUUUGUAGAGGUUAUGUUCAUGUUGCGGAACUGUAAAAAUCAAAUUAUUUUCAGUUGUAAAGUAGGUAAAAAUGAAUUUUUCAGAACCCUGGAAUGAUCCAAGUAUUUUGCCUCCACCUAUCAAUACAUUUAAAGUUGAUGUUCAAAUCAAUGCGCGAGAUAUUUUACAUUUGUGUAAUAAUAUCAAUAAGGUUUUAGCCAAUCAGUCUCCCUUACACCAAGAAAGCGCUUUGCUUUCAAGGUUUGUCUAUAAAUUUGAUAAAAAGUUUCGGAAUGAUAUUGGAUAUAGGCAUUUAAAAAAAUUAAAUACAGCCCUACGUAUAUAUUUAGGCGUAAAUUUAUGGAAAGAUGUUGAAAGUUUUGCAGCAGUCAUACCUGUUGAUAAUCAAAAUAAAUAUUUGCCCACAAGACAAAUGUUGGAAUAUGUUUUGGUUCGGAUCAUUUCUUUUGCUAAAGUAAUGAAGAGAAUAUGUUUGUGUUCAAAACAAUCAUCUGUUUUUUAUUUGGACAGAGUGAAAAGGGGUGAAAGUCACUGGAUGUCCCUGAUGCCCUAUGCUCUAUUAAGUCGGAUUUGGUCCAUUAGUUCAGUUUUGUUGCAACACAGCUGCACCUGGUACUCAGGACUAUAUCCAUAUCUGAGUAAGUUGAUAUUCAAAGGUGUCCAGUUUUUACCACCAAAUUACGCACUUCCAUUGGACUUGAGAAAAUGGAUUGAUUUAAAAAACUUGGAUGACUGUGGCAGGUUUGAAUGGACACACAAAAAAGGCAUAGUCAAUAUGAAUUUGUCUGAAGAUGACUCAACUAUUGACACUAUUUUAGAAUAUGUUAAUGAUAUAAAUGAUGUGGAAAGCGUACAAGAAAAUGCAAAAAAGUCAGUUGUAUCUAAUUUUAUAUCUCCAAAAGAAAAUAGUGUAACUACAACUGAUAUGAUAAAAAAAGAAGUGGAUCAAGGUGAAAUCAUAUCCAGAGAGCAUUUCAAGUCAUUGAUCAGUAAGCAAACUAUGCAAAUUAAUGAAAAGGAGUCUAAUCAAGGAGAAAAAAUAUCAAGAGAAUAUUUUAAAUCAUUCUUCGUCAAUAAGCCAACAGAUAAAAUGAAUGAAAAGGAAUCAAAACAUAGUGCAGACAAUGUCACAAGCAAUCAAUCCCUGGAUAAAUUUAUUAAUACAGAGGAAAAGUACAGGAAUGAAGAUGGUGACUUGGCAUUAACAAAACAUCUUAGUUUUAUGCAAUGGCAAUCUUUAAGAACCAGUUUAUUGAAUUUAAAAGAAUCACUUAGCAAAAAUAGAAAAAUUGAAAGAAAAUUCCAAAAACUAUGGAAAGAGAAAUGUUUAGAUUAUAAAUGAAAUUAAAAUUUACAAUUACAGUAGUAUAUUUCAUAGUUAUUUACAAUAUAAAUGUUACAGUACAGCACCAUUUGUGUAGAUAAAGAUAUCCUAAAAUCAUAUGUUGAUUUUAUACAUAGAUAGAUCAGGUACAAUAAAUUAUUCAUAAUAUUUUUGUUUUUA